AUGGAUUAUUUUGGGAAAAAUAUCAAGAUUUAUUAUCCCUGGAGCUUUCUCAUAAAUAAAUUCCUUUUUUCUUCUGAUUAUAAAUUGAUAUUUUUCUGAGAGCUUUUUAUAUUUCUUUUUCUAAUAAAUUAUAUAUGACAUCAAAAUGAAAAAUGGCUAAAAAAACAAUAUUUUUUGGUAAAAAAAAAGAAAAUUAACAAAUUCUUUUACAAAUUUUUACUUUUAAGACAGAAAAAUACCAUAUUUAAAGCUGCUUUUCUUUAG